AUGAGAGAGAGCUCAUCAGCCAGAAUCUGGCCAAGCCAGGAACAGCACCGCCGCCGUCGCGACCACAACAUUACGCAUACAAUAUCCGCUCGGUACUCGUCACCUUCGGGAUCAAGCAGGCCACAGACUCCCUCCACAUCACAUUCACCAUUGGCCGACCCGAUGGCUGCGCACGCCUCCUUGCCCUCACCGCCGCCAUCUUCAUGCAGUGAACGGAGGCCACGGACAAUGGACAUGGCAUCUGGCCCACCGGAACGCUAUGUUCCACCUCGCGCGCCUAGCCCGCCAUCUCUAGUAGCAGCCAGCUUUCCGGCCUCAGCAUCCAAGCAGCAGCCUACAUAUGGAGAGCAAAACCAGCAACAAAGGCAAAUGCAAUACCAGAACGGUUGCCACCUGCACCGCCUGGCUGGCCAGUUUCACCCCAUCACCCCAGACGCCUCACGAGAGCAGACUCCCGGAGCACCCCCCGAGCAUUGGUGCCUUGACUGCCGCGGAGACGGGGAAACCGGGCACAGAAAGGCGUGCCUCAAGGCUGGCAACGCCAGUAGUAGUAGUAGCAGCAAUGACAGUGUCCCGGAAGGACUGGGCAAGUGGGAACAGCAGCAAUCUACUGCCC